UCCCCUCAACUCUCAAACAGCGGCGCCCUCUCAGGCUGAGGAGCUCCUACUACCGCCUCUCUUCCCCACCGGAGAGGAGGAAGGGGAGGCGUGGCCGUGGGGUUAGGACUCAGCGCCCCACACUCGGUGCCUCCUCCAAACCCCUCAUUCCGGCAUCGGGGCUCCCUCCGGACCUCGCCACGAAUAAAUAAGACCAGAGUCGCCUGUCCGCUACACCUCUUCCUCUUCCUCCUCCCCUCCCCUCCCCCUCCCCACACCCCUCUCUUCUUCUCGCCACCCUCUAAUAAUGUGGAAACUCAACAAGAGCGGCAAAGUUCUCCUGGAUGAUUCUCCGGAGGAAGAAGAGAGCCAGUCCCCACCUCCAGCGACACCAGCAGCUACCUUCUCAGCACAGGUUCAAGGAGCAGGUUUUCGAGGUUGGAAGGAAGUAACAACCAUAUUUAAUAAGGAUGAUGAACAACAGUUACUAACAGGAUGUAAAUCUCCAAAAUCUAAAGGAACAAGCUUAAAAUUAAAAGAGGAUGUGAAAUCUGAAAAGAAAGCUGGAUUUUGGGACAGUUUGGUGAUAAAACAGAACAUCCAGUCCAGGAAGCCAGACGAAAUUGAAGGAUGGGAACCACCACAGAUCCCUGCCAGUGAUAACCUCAGCGACGCAGGAAGUACUCUGAGUGACUAUCCAUCUUGGUCAGGUUGGGAAGACGAAACCAAAGGCUCCACAAAAUACACCAACCUGUCAAGCUCAGGAAAUAGCUCAAGAUGGAGCAUCAGAUCAGCUGGAAGGUUGGUUAGCAUAAGGCGACAAAGCAAAGGCAACCUUACUGAUAACUGGGAAGAACUAGAAUGACAUGCAAAAUGUGAAAUGUUCUAUAAGUGAUGAUAAGUGACAUGGCUAUGUAUAUCUUCAAACCAAAAUUGAAACUGCUUAAUAUUGCACCUUUACAGAAGAGUAUUCAAAUUGUCCAACCAUCUGCUCACCUUAUCCUAAGUUUCUUAGUUCUUCUGUUUCCCAUAUUGAAUGAAGUCAAGCACCUACUUUGUGCCUAUAUUCCACACAUAUUCUAUAGCACCUUGGCUCGCUUUUUAAAUAAAAGAAAAACAAACCCCCCACAAUUUUAUGAAUGUAUACACUGGUUGAAUAUUUGACUGCCUUACAUAAGAACUUCUCUAGUUUGAAGUUUUCUCUUUCUUAGUUUUCAGACAUCAAAGAUCUAUAUUUUGAAUGCUGACCCUGUUGGACACUGCAUUGUUUCAGCUUGAUACAUUGCUUUCCUUGUCCUGAACAUGAUCACAUGAUUCUCAGGCUGGAAUGUCAAAGAUCCUGCAUUUCCCCUAAAGUCCUGAAUUGCACAUGACUUGUAGGAACCCCACACGUACGUGUUUCUUCUUCUGUUACAAAAUCUUCGCUGAUGAAUUUCAGGCUCCCGUGUAUUAUGUUGAUUAAUCAAUAGUACGGCUAAAACAGGUUUGCAAUCACCCCAAACCACAUAAACUCAGAUGAAUGUGCUGACUGCUAAGAUCUGAUUUAUGUAUUCCCUAAGUGCUGUAGCAGGCAACAAAAGUAGCUUUUAUAUGCUUGGGCUUCACAUUGCAGUAACAACAUACAAAAGGGCCCAUUGCCUCAAUAACCUGGGUCACACAGGAACUUUCUAUACUAGUACAGUCUCAAAUGGGUCUCUGUGUGCAUUACCAAUGCAGUAGGGAGCCUACCCUUAUGACUAUGAGUGUUGUCAGCAGCUACCUUGUCAUUUAGGAUAUGUAGGAAUCAGGCCCAAUUGUCAGAAAACUAUCUGUUUGAAGGGUUAUCAUUGCUUUUUUCCUUCUGUCCCCAUUCCCUCAAACUACGAUUCCAUGUUGCUCUUUUGCAGGACGUGUUUGAUGUUCUCUUGGCAUUUAUAGAAUGACAGUAGUUAAUGCUCUGUCUCUGCUAUGUACAAGGGUUAUUUAAGUACGGUAUGUGUAUUUGCUGUUGUGAGGUUUAGUCUUACUGGUUGCUGCUACUUUUUUUAUUAAUAACAAAGAGCUAUGCAUUAUAGUGCACAUGGGAAGUUGAAAAUGUACUAUAGAUAAAGUUUAGGGUAUCUCACCCCCCCCAAGAGUACUUUUACCUAUCUUUUACCUAUCCAUUUUAUUUAAAAUUGUCCAAUUUAUGAGAUUGGAGUGACAUAAAGGCACUGUAAUUCAGUGUACUCUCACCACUGUGACAAAAGAAGUCCAGUACAUCAAUUUAACAUCUCCUUUCAUUCAUAACAUAAGAUAUACACAUAUGUGUUACAUGUGUGCCAUUUUUGCAUCUGUGUUAGCCAAAUUCUAAUAUUUAGUUAUAUGAUGCAAGUUAAUCGUUGCAGCAUAGAAGACAAAUUGUUAAUGGUCAGAAUAACCGAGCACCACAACUUUAAUUUCUUAUGACUUGGCUCUGCGUACAACUUCCUUCAAUGGCUGGAGAUCUAACUGGCUCAGAAUGAUUUUGCCCAAUUCUUCAGUUCUUGCAAAAGGAGGUCUUAACCCUGACACUACUUGGAUGAAAGUAGCAAAUUGUCAUUAACAGAGGAAAAAUAGUAGACAGGAGUCACCAGAGAGCCAUCUGUUCGUCUAGCUGCCACUGUUACUGCUCUGAAUAUGAAAAAAACCAUGUUAAAAGUGCCUUGUUCUAUAAUACUGCACCAUAAAUGCUCAGACCUUUUAAUUACUUCCUUGUUCCUUGUGGACACUUGUUUAAUACUGUGUAAAACGAAUAUCAAUCCAAGAUGCUAGACUUACUUAUUUCUCCCAAAUUAUGAAUCUUUACUUGACACUGAUGCUGAGCCAAUGUACCACAGUUUGUAUAAUACCUUAUUCAGCAAUAUGGACACCUUUAAAAAAAAAAAUCAAGAUUUGCUUCCAGUGAGAUCAGCAAUUUUUAAACAAAAUGAAAUGUUUUAGAACUAUGCAGACUAUCCAUUUUAUGUUUUCAUAAUUUAAUAGCCCAUUCUACAUAAAAAGUUGUCACCUAGUGACAACUGCUGAUGGUAAAGUUUCUGUCAGCAGAUGAAGGAGGGAAGGGAUGGAUUUUCAGCUAUUCCCCGCCCCUAUGCCACGCGUCUAAAUCUGCUCUGGAGGGUGUCCCAAGCCUCUGAAACAGAUUUAGGGUGUGGGGAAAGAGCUAGGGAAGAAUUGCCAUAAUUGCUUCCUUCCCUAUUGCACAGAAGGAAUGUUUAAUGGCAGGUGAGUGACACUGGUGGAUACAACCCAAAGAUUUUGCAGUACUCUUGUGCAGGUUGCAGGAUUCUGUGGACUCGUCUGUCACAGCUAGAGAGUGUGUGUGGAACAAGAGCUAUCCUCCUGUUCUGUUCAAGUAGCCUGCAGCUUGGAAUUGCACUAUUAGUCAAACUCUUCUUGCCCCCCCCCCCGCCCCGAAAUGUAUUUGAAGCCAAUAGCAUUUGUGCUAUUUUGGCAGGAGGCCACAAACAGCUUGUAUCUUUUCCAACACCAAAACUGUACCCGCUUGCUAUGGCAACACAAUAUUGUACUUUGUAGGGUUGGGAUUUUCAGCUGUCACACAACUGAACCUUUAUUGAAAAAUACAGAUUUGUUUAGGCAAGUUAAAAGCAGACAAUGCAAACCAGUCAAAGUUGAUGCUUGUCUCAUUCGGGUUGAAUGGAAAAGUGAAAUGCAUGUUUAACUUUCACACGUAGAAAUAAGUUAGACUUAACACUGCUUAACUUUGGCUAGACCAUGUCCUGGAUUUUAUGUCUUAGAUAUAAUUGCAGAAUAUAGCCAUUUUCUUUAUGCAAAGAUUUAUAUAGUUUACAGUCCUUUGGAGGGCCUUCAUACAGCAGGAGCUGAAUUGUGGGACGUUGGCACUGAGCUCUGUCUUGCAAAACAACAACAACAACAACCAGGAACGAUGGGGCAAAGGUGGCUCAAUGUUCACCACCUGUGGAAGCUUCCUUAUACUGUGAUAGGUAGGGGUUAUGCCUUGCACAUUAUACUGUCAAGUGCCUGUACUUUACCUUGAUGACAUGUCCGUGAUGCUACGGCCUGAUUCCACGUGAAAGAAAUGUUCACACAUUUGU